AUGCACUUGUUCCAUCUUCUCCUAGGAGCUAUUGCUGUGACGGGUGUGGUCGCUUCCACGACCUCGCACCCGCACCCGCAUCCUCAAGUUCCCAUCUGUCAUCAAUGCGAGGAGAAGAAAGAUCCCACUCCUGCUAUUCCACGAUGUGGAACAGAGAGAUCUCGACCCAAGCUGUUCAAGGGUCAGUGUACGACGACGUAUCGUUGUGCCGGUCACUGUGGUCUGGUGAAGAUCCCUCAAGCCAAUAUCAAUAGCCUCAACUGCGACUACGCCGAGGUGACCGUGGGACCGGACGGAUCUAUCAUUGAUGAAUGCUGUGAUCCGCCCGAGUGUCCCAAUCAGUGUCCCACCAAUCCAUGCUCAGACAAGUCUUGUUCCAACGAUCCGAAUGGCUGUCCCUCAAUCGAUGGCUCGAUCCACCAAUUCGGAGGCAGAGAUUAUAUCUACCACUGCAACAAAGGUUUUUGCUCGACCAGCACCUGCGCAACCAGCAGCACGGAAACUCUGAAAGAAUGUGCAGAGAAAUGUUCCCGAGACCCCUCGUGUAAGAUGAUCUCCUAUCAUGACAAGACAUGCACCCUUGCCACGAGUGUAGGAAGUGUCAUUGAGCUUCCCGGCUCAGUGGUGCUUGAGCCCGUUGGCCCGUCGCCCAAGACACACCAUGAUGGAGACUGUGCUCAUCUGCACGGUACCACCAAGAUCAUCCACGGACUGGAGUUCAAGAUUCAUUGCGACACCCGUCUUGGGGAGGCCAAUGUAUGCAAGUCUCACACGGCGGCAUCAUUGGAAGACUGUGCGGCCCAGUGCGCGAGCGAUUCUCAAUGCCACGGCGCUACUUUCUCCGAGGGCCAUUGCUGUCUGGCGGACAAAAAGGUGCACCCAUCCAAGCAGCCCGGCUCCAUUGGGCUGGAGCCUCUUCCGGGCUAUGGAUGCCCGUACGUAGACUGGGCCGUCAAAGAGAUCGGCGGCGUGCGCUACGAGUUCCACUGCAACGCGUGGCUGGAAUCGGGCGGUACAUGGACGCAAGUUCAUGCAGCCAACGAGGUGGAGUGUGCAUUGCAAUGCAGUAAGAAUAAGAAAUGUACCGGGGUCUCUCUUCGAGGCCAACAGUGCUAUCUCGCUACUGCUGCACCCCACCUGCAGCCCCGGGGGAACUGGGUCGCCAUGGUUCCUCUCACUGGCCACCAGCCUGGUGUGAUUGAUCCCCCUCCGGGUCCUCCUCCUCCUCCUCCUCCUCCUCCCAAAAAGACCGAUGAGCUCCACGUCCCCGAGUGUAAAGCGGCCCACGGACAGGUGGUGCAGUACAAGGGACACAGCUACUCGAUUGAUUGCUAUCGGUGGGUCGGUGGAGAUGGGUUCACCACCGCUACGAAACAUAGUCUGGCCGACUGCAUCAAGAUGUGCGCAGAUCAUGCCAAUUGUGUGGCAAUGCAUUAUCUUCCUAGCCAGCAAUUCUGUGCGAUUCAUGACAAUAUCCCGAGGGUGGGCACUCAGGGAGACUUUGGGGUGGCGUAUGUGCGCAGAGUCAGUUGA